AUGGCUACCACUCACGCUUUGGGGAGAGAUCUUACCACCGAAGAAUGGGAAUCUUUUGAGUUCCGAUUUGGGUUAGUUCCUGAACAUGGAGUGCAAACCCCCUACCCAAUGCAUCACUUUACAGUCCUUCCGAGGGAAAAGUUGGCAUACCAAUCGCCUUGUUCAAGGCAGAUAGUGGGUUUUGAAGUCCUCUUCCAUGACCUAGGCCGCUUGCCAACUGUUCUGGCUUUCAAGUACUUCUUUAAUGCCUCUACUCAUUUGAGGACUCAAACCCUUUCUCGUCGGUGGGGAGUCCCUACUCUUAUCCACGAUAAGAAGUCCAAGAAGAACUGGCAAGGGAAAUUUUUAUGGAUGAACAAUGAUAUUGUGGUGCUCAGUUACCUGAGGGCUCAGGUGUAUGUCAAUCGUGCUCCCACACUAUUUGGUGCUGACAAGGAACUGACUGAUGUCCUAGAGAAGAUCAACAUCAAUGGUGAAGAUUGGCUUGACUGCUUCUUGGCCGCCGUCGGGAUGAGAGCCGUUUGGAGGGCUCGUAGGAAAAUGCCUGAUUUCUUCGUGUGGAGGAGGUUGUUUCUUUAUAGAAAGCUCUUCAAGGUCUGUUCGACGGUGAGCUUAAGUGUCGUUACGUCGAUUUGGCGGAGGCUCUUCCACCCCCUUGUUUUUAGCCAAGGAAUCAAGGUGAUUUUCGGUUCUGAAAGUGUUACCGGUGUCAGCGAGGAUCCACAUCUGCAAGACAUUAUUGUCAUUGGUGUUUCUCAGAAGGAUCCUACACUGUACGGGUUCCCGAGGAGUCUUCGUCGGGGCAAGAGGUGUUUUGCUUCCUUGGAAGCCUUUUUCGAUGGUCGAACUGAGACAGCCAACACCGAGCCCCCUCUUCGUAAGAAACAUAAUAUGAGUUUCUUACUGGAGGGUACCAAGGAUUCCAACCGUGCCCCCGAUGAAGGUCUUCCGAAACUGCCGGAGGAGGCACAAACUGUUGGAUAA